AUGGAUCACCGCUCCAGCAUUGACGGUCUGGGCUACGACAUAUCGCAGUUUAUGCCCCAGCAACCUCCUCAAAUCUUUGGCGGCUACAAUCCAGACGGCACUCCUGCUCCUGCGUCGCUCCCACCCGGUGCAUAUUUCGGUGACCUAAACGAUGGCUCGAUCGACGAAAAUGAUCCCAAGCGCCGACGCAUCGCAAGAGCUUGCGACAUGUGCAGGAAAAAGAAAAUCAAGUGUGAUGGAAAGAUGCCUAAGUGCGGCCAUUGUAUAAACUAUAAAACAGAAUGUAUAUUCACACAGGUCGAGAAGAAACGCAAUCCUCCAAAGGGCGCGAAAUACAUCGAAGGUCUCGAAAACCGUCUGGGGCGCAUGGAAUCCCUCUUGCGCAUGUCUGGCCUCUUGACUGAAGAAGAUGCCGGCAAGACAGACCUGGGUGCCCUGGAGAAGCGCCUCGCCGAGAAGACAUCUUCGAAAGAACACCCAGCUAAAAGGACGGAAUCACCAGCUCCUCUGAGAAGUGGUGCUGGUUCUUCAAUGCACGAAAGCUCACCUAGAGCCAGCUCGAUUCGCGACUCACAUGACACCCCUCGCGAAUCCGUUACCUCACCAAGCACAGAAAACGGUGAGAAAUCACGGGAAGAGGUAGAAAAUCUUUCAGAAGCCAUGUGUUCUCUUGUGACCAACAAUGUUGGUGAAACCAGAUAUAUUGGAUCAUCCUCCGCCUUCUCCAUAUUUUCGAGUAAAGGCAUUGAAUGGGUCAAUGAGAAGACAGGAGACACAUCUUUCCAGGAAACAAUACAGAACGCCGUCAACGAGGAUGACAACAAAUGGCAAUAUUGGAAGCCGGAAAUCUUUGGCGACAUCUUUGUUCGCCGUGUCUUCAAGCCGCUACCACCGAAAGAGGAAGCGCUCUCACUGUUCAAGGACUUUUUCGAGAACUUCAAUUGCAUGUUUCCGCUGUUCCACGAGCCAACAUUCAUGCAUCUGGUGGACAAGCAAUAUUCCAAAGAUCCAUAUGAAGGCAGUGGCUGGUGGGCCAGCAUCAACGUGGCCUUGGCGAUCGCAUACCGAAUCAGAGUCAUGAGUAAUGUCGUGCCACAAGAGGAUGACAACAAGGCCUGGUUGUACCUCAAGAACGCUAUGGGUGUCAUUACCGAAUUGACCAUGCGAAAUACUGACCUUCUCAGUGUCCAAGCUCUUUUGGGUAUGGCACUGUUCCUGCAAGGUACACCUAACCCACAGCCGUCCUUCUUCCUCAUAUCCGCAGCGAUUCGAUGUUCUCAUACCAUCGGCCUGCACAAGCGUGGGUCGGCAUUCAACCUCAACCCCAUUGAAGUCGAGCAGCGAAAACGAGUGUUUUGGAUCGCAUAUUUGCUCGACAAAGAUUCUUGUCUGCGGGCUGGACGACCACCCGCACAGGAUGACGAUGACAUGAACGUCGAGCUACCAUCGGAGGAUCCUCCCGACAACAUCGGAAAUGUCCCUUUGGCCGACGGCAAGAGCAAAAUCAAUCUUUUCCGCUUGAUGUGCGAGUUCGCCAUCAUUUCGAGCAAAGUAUAUCGACAACUAUACUCUGUCAACGCAUCGAAACAAAGUGAUGGCGAAUUGCUGAACACCAUUGGUGAGCUGGACAAAGAACUCGAAGCUUGGAAAGACAGCAUUCCUAUCGAUUUCAGGCCAGAACACGAAAUCAAAACUACUCAUACACCUCUUAUCCUACACAUUGUUGUCCUGCACUUCUCCUAUUACAAUUGCCUCACAACGAUACAUCGGAUGUCGGUUCACCACGGCUACUGGACCAGUCGUCUCUCGGAGUACGCAAUCCAAGGUCUCAAUGCUAGACCUCUCAAUCCCAGGGUGUUCUCCUCCGCUGCUCUCUGCGUCUCAGCAGCCCGCGCGUCUAUUCACCUCAUCAAGUACAUUCCGCAAGGAGAUUUUGCCUGUGUAUGGCUGAUUCUCUACUUCCCGGUCUCCUCACUCGUAACCUUGUUCGCCAAUAUCUUGCAAAAUCCGCAAGAUACUCGAGCACGAGCCGACAUCAAAUUGAUGGAUCUUGUCGUCAACUUUCUGUCCAAUGUUUCUCACGACGAGGGCACAGGUUCUCUCAACCGCAUGCUCACCGUAUGCACGGAGUUUGCUCGCAUUGCUAGACUGGUCAUCGACAAGGCCGAGAAGGAGGGCUCCAAGCGAAAGCGAAGGCUGGUGCCUGAGGAAGUCCUCCGCGUCAAUCAGUCGGCUAUGGCGCAAGCGCAAGCAGAAAUCAGACAACGUGCCUCUGGCUCUCGAAGAUCCAGCGGCGCAGGAGGUUCUCCGCGAGCAUCUCCAAAGAUGCCGUCGACAAAAACAGUUCCUCUUACUUCAGCAAACUUUCAACCUCAAACGAAUGGUGCAAAUACCAAUGCCACAUUUUUCAAUAUGCCUAACCUCGACAACGAGUAUGUCGACAUGUUUAACCAACCAGGUUACAGUCCUGAUAUGGGCAGUCAACACAUGCCAAGUUCGAACAUGUCGCCCCUGAAUGCUGCCUCUUUCCAGCAGCCUUUUGUUCCACAAGAUCUUUGGCAAAUGCCAAUGACUUUUGAGUGGGACUGGGCCGACUUCGGACAAUCAGGAUAUAACGAUUUUGUAUUUCACGAAGGUAUGAACGAUGGGACGAUGCCACAGCAAUGA